GUGAUAACUCUGCUUUUGCCGAUCAGCACGGCAAGAUAUGGCAUGACAUGACGAAGCCUAUCUCGGAAUAUUUUAUAUCCUCGUCGCACAACACAUACCUUGUCGGCCACCAGCUUGUUGGUGUGAGUACCAUAGAGGGCUAUAUUAGGGCACUCUUGCACUCUUGCAGAAGCGUAGAACUUGACAUAUACGAUGGGGAUGGAGAACCUAUGAUUUUUCACGGAAAAACCUUUACCUCCAAAGUUUCAGUUCGCGAGGUUUGCCAGGCAAUCGCUAAAUACGCGUUCGUGACAUCUCCAUAUCCAAUCAUUAUUUCCGCGGAGAUACACUGUUCGUUGCCUCAACAAGACAUGAUGGUCAAAAUCAUGUUCGAGACUUUUGGUGAUGCUCUAGUCAGCGCACCCAUCGACGGAAGGCCAACGUUUGACAUUCUACCUAGCCCAGAGGAUCUCAAAGGCAGAGUGCUUCUGAAGGCUAAGAACCUAUAUGUAUCAGAAAACGAAUCCAUAAAGAUCAAAGAUAUUACCAUUGAUGCCGAAUCAUCUACUGAAACCUCUGCUUCGGAAUCAGAGGUGAUCCAUGAAAUGGAAGUUGGAUGGAAAAAGGCGCGCGAGCGUGAGAUGGACGCCGUUAAAGAGCUUAAAGAGGAGCUCCACAAAGCUCGGAACGUCUUUGGGCGGGUCCGUUCUCACCACCACAAGUCGACAUCGUCUCUCGUACCCAGCCAUAGUCCUAACAGCAAAAUCAAGAUGUCUUUUGCUGUCGUAUCGCUUCUUGUGUACACUGUCGGAGUCAAAUGUCGCGGCAUCAACAAGAAAGAGCAUUACGCACCGGAACACCUAUUUUCUUUAUCUGAGAGCACGGCAAAUAAGAUCCUCAAGCAAGGAAUGCUGGAUUUGAUUAAGCAUAACAGGACACACCUUGUUCGGAUUUAUCCAAAGGGGCUCCGUUUAAAUUCCACGAACUAUGAACCUCAUCGCUACUGGUCAGCUGGUGCCCAGCUAGUAGCCAUAAACUGGCAGACGUUUGAUCUCGGAUACAUGAUCAAUCAUGCCAUGUUUCAGAGAAAUGGUCGGUCAGGGUAUGUGCUGAAGCCUGCGGCAUUGAGAUUGCCAGAUAAAGAACUUUUAUCUAAGAGGACAAAACAUAACUUCGAUGUCACUAUUAUCUCAGCACAGCAGCUUCCUCGCCCUAAAGAUUCUUCUGGUAGGGAAGUCAUGGACAAAUCUAUGAUUAAUCCAUAUGUCGAAGUGUCUAUCCAUAUUCCAGACUGGACCACCCCCCCCACCGCGCAAGCAAGCACUUCUCAGCUAAUUCCCUCUACGUCGACGACCGGAUCGUCGUCUCCCACGGUUGCCCGUAUGCUGACGUACCGCACCGGUGUCGUGAAGAAUAAUGGAUUCAAUCCUGUGUGGCAAGAAACUCUAUCUCUUCCAUUUGACUGCGUGGGUGGUAUGAAGGACCUCAUCUUUGUUCGGUUCGCUGUCCGGAACGAAGGCGAUAACGAAGAAGAGCCGAUUGCGUUGUACUGCGUUAACUUAGGGAGCUUAGAAAUGGGUUACAGACAUCUUCCGUUACAUGACUCUCAGUUGUCACAAUACCUCUUUUCAACGCUCUUCGUGGAGGUUGCGAUUCAUGAUAAUUAGAUUGUAUUUCAUCCUUCAAUUUCCAUUAGAGUCACACCUUCAAGCUCAUUGUAGAAACUCAUAGAACAUGCACAAGAUUAUAUGCAUUUUCCAUUCGCACAGAUUCGUAUUGCAUUGUAGAAACGAAACAUUAUUACUUAUAUUAGUUUAUAUAGCAACAGAAUAGAACAAGUUCUUUCAUUGUUUG